UUAGGAACUCUAAUAUUUGAAUUACAACUUGAGUCAGUAAAAAAAGCACAUGAAGCAAAACAUAGAGAGUUAAAACCUAUUGACAAUUGUAGUAAUUCUACAAUUCUUAAAUGGGCAAAAAAAUUUGGAAAUCGAGCUUUUGAGUUAUUAAAAUCUGAGUCACAAAAUUAUUAUUCAAAAAAAGAUUUUACAAGAAGGUUAUCAACAAAUAACUGCACUAAUAUAAAAAUUAUACAAGUAAGUCUUGAUUUUUUGGAAGUAGACUCUAUUAAUGUAGAAAAUAUAGAUCCUGAAAUUGAACAAGAAACAAUUAAUAUAGCUAAAAUUAGUGUACAACGUAGUAUUAAAGAUCUAUUUAAUUAUAUUAUACCAUAUUUAGAACAAAAUGAAAAUUUAAAAUAUAGUGAUUCAAUUGUUCAUUUAAGAAUUUCAGAAAAUGGUCAUAAUGUCGGAUGUAAAACUAAGCAUAUAAUAAUCAUAAUAAUGAUUUUGAAUGGUAUUAAACACCAAUAUAAUCUUAAUUUUCAUUAUACAACAGUACUAUAUCUAGCAUAUACUUAUUUGAACAAGUGA